AGGAGGAACGUAUUAACCGCCUCAAGAACGAAAGUCUGAUGAAUUCAAGCCAGAGUUUGAAUAAAACUGAUGUUAAUGGUGACCAGAUGAAUGGUGAAGUUGUUAAUGGUGAUGUUUGUGAGAAUGGUGUCAAAUUGGGGGCAGAUAUGCAGUAUGAUGGGAGCAGGAUGACGAAUCCUAGGACGCCUCCGGUUCGUCCAGAGCGACCAGAAGUGAAGCGCCGUUCCAGGACGAAACAGUUGUUUCAUUAUUCAUCCGCCAGGAGCGCUGAUGAACCGAUUUCCAUUCCCAUCAAUUCGAUCGAUAAUCGGAAGAUUAUUGAUAUGAGAUUUGAUAAGGCGGAAAGAGCCGAAGUCUUGAGCAAUGGAGCCGAGGCGACUUCGAUGGACCACCGGUGGGACGAGAGGAGCUCCAAGAGUUUGGAAUUUGAGAGAUGUUCAGCAAAUAGUCUAAGACCGACACCUCCAAAAAAGCCUUUAAGAUUAUCUCUUCAUCGAGCCAGGAGUUUACAAACCGUACAAAGUCCAGUUGUGCCCGAUCAGCAGAAUUCAGUAACAGACCUAUACAGCAAAGUUGACUCCAAAAGGCCUUCAAAAAGGACGCACAAUUUAGCCAAGAGGGUUCUGCAUCAGCACAUACUAUAAGCAGUGUGUGAAUUUAUAUAUAAAUAUUUACUAGAGAUGCAAUGAAGGGACGAAUAAUGUUAAGAAACACAUUUUGGAUUUUAAGAAUCUUAUACUAAUGGUUCUGUAUGAUAACAUCGAGCCUUUUGGAUUUAGCAGCAAGUAUUUAAGUACCUAGUGGACAUCUGUAUAACUGAUCAUACUGGAGAAGUAUCCAAAUCUAUAAAAUUUAAAGUGGGAUGAUGGUAAUAUGAUAAGUAAGAUAGCAAUUGGUUGCUGACUACUUCUAUGAUAUUUUUUUGCAAAAGGUGCAAUAUUUGUAUUGUAAAAGGUGUAUUUGUAGACAAACAGCGCCAUUUUCAGACAACGUACAAAAUAUUUCAACCAUCUAUAACACUCCCAGACAAACUACAACACCUCGAGACAAACUACAACAAUCCCAUACAAACUACAACACUCUCAGACCAUCUACAUUACUCUUGGAUAACCUCCAAGCACUCGCAGACAAUUUACAGCACUACCAAACAAUCUACAACACUUUCAGACUAUCUACAAUACUUUUAUACAAUCUACAACACUCUCAGACAAUCUACAAUUACUUUUAAGACUAUUUAAAACACUCUCAAUCAACCUGCAAUACUCUAGCUCUAUAACACUCCUAGAUUAACUACAACACUCUUGGACAAUGUACAACACUCUCAGACAAAUUACAAUACUCUUAGACAAUCUACCAUUACUUUUAGGCUAUUUUGUACAACACUCUCAUAUAAUUUGAAAAACUCUCACACAGUCUACAACACUUUCAAACGACCCACAACAUUCUCAGAAAAUCUACAACAUUCUGCAAUUACAAUGUGCAAUACUCUCAUACAAUUUCCAACAUUCCCAGAUAAUCUAUAACACUUUUAAACAAAUUACAAGACUGUCAGAUAAAUUACACACUCUCAGGCAAUCUACAACAUACCCAGACCACCUACAACAUUCUUGGACGACCUACAACAUCCUUGGGAAAAUUACUACACUCUUAGACAAUCUACAACACACUUAAGACCACCUUCAGCACUUUUGUACAACCUACAACACUCUGAGACAAUCUACAGCACUACAAGAUGAUCUACAAUACUCUCAGAUAAUCUAUAACAGUUUCAAACAAAUUACAAAGUUUCUCAGAUAAAUUACAACACUCUCAGACAAUCUACAACAUACCCAGACCACGUACAACACCCGUAGACAAUCUAUAGCACUACCAAACAAUCUACAACACUUCCAGACUAUCUACAACACUUUUAUACAAUCUACAACACUCUCAGACAAUCUACAAUUACUUUUAGACUAUUUACAAGACUCUCAAUCAACCUGAAAUACUCUAGAUUGAUCUAUAACACUCCCAGACCAUCUUACAACACUCUUGGACAAACUACAACACUCCCAGACAAACUACAACCCUCUUGGAUAACAUACAACACUGUCAGACAAUCUAUAAUACUCUGACAUUCUACAACACUCUUGGGCAACCUACAACACCCUUGGACAAAUUACUACACUUUCAGACAAAUUACAACACUCUCAGACAAUCUACACCUACCCAGACCACAUACAACACUCUCAUACAAUCUACAACACUCUCACAAAAUCUACAAUUACUUUUAGACAAUCUACAACAAUCUCAUACAAUCUACAAUACUCUCAGACAAUCUACAAUUAAUUUUAUACUAUUUACAACACUCUCAAUCAACCUGCAAUACCCUCAAUCAAUCUAUAACACUCCCAGAUCAUCUACAACACUCUCAGACAAAAUACAAUAUUCUUGGACAAGCUACAACACUCUUGGACAAUCUACAACAUUCUUACACAUUUUACAGCACUCCCAGACCAUCUACAACAGUCUUGGACAACCUAUGACACUCUCAGAUAAUUUACAGCACUUUUAGACAAUGUGCAAUACUCUCAGACUAUCUACAACACCCUCAGACAAUCAACAACACACCCAGACCAUCUACAACACUCUUGGACAACCAACAACACUCUCAGACAAUUUACAGCACUUUUAGACAAUGUACAACACUCCCAGGCUAUCUACAUUACUCUCGGAUAAGCUACAAUGCUCUUAAAAUUUAAAACUUGCACAUCUUAGAACACUGUCAGAACAUCUACAACAUUACUGGACAACAUACAACUCUGUCAGACAAUCUACAACACUCUCGGACAAUUUACAACACUCCCACACCAUAUACAACACUCUUAAAUAUUAGAUAUCUAUCCACGGAUUUUUAAACAAAGUUUUUGCCAUUUUAUUUUUAUCAAAUAUUCAAAGAUAUCUCUCCACGGAUUUUUAAGCAAUGUUUUUGUAGUUUUAUUUUUUCAACACCCCCAGUUCAUCUACAACCCUCUUAGAUAAGCUACAACACUCCUGGACACCCUCAGACAAUCUACAACAUUUCCAGACCAUCUACAACCAUCUUGUACAUCCUACAACAAUGUCAUAUAAUCUGAAAAACACUCAGACAAUCUACAACACCCUCAGACAACCUGCAACACUUUCAGACAAUCAACAACACUCCUAUACCAUGUACAACUCUCUCGGACAAUCUACAACAAUCUCAGACAAUUUAAAACACUCUCUGGACAUUUUUAAUAGUCAUGGACAAUCUAUAACGCUGUCAGACAAUAUAUAACAAUGUCAGAAAAUCUAUGACACUGUCAGACAAUCUACGACACUGUCAGAUAAUCUAUAACACUGUCAGACAAUCUUUAACAACGUCAGACAAUCUACAACACUUUUAAACCAUCUACAACACUUUUAAACCAUCUACAACACUUUUAAACCAUCUGCAACACUU